CUCAAAGUUCUUUACAUUAUCAACCUUUGAUAUCUCAGUCUAUCCGAAACACCGAUUCAUUCAAUCUCCGCCCCUUCCGCCAACGCGCCAGUACUUUUUCUCUGAGCUCGCCACCACCGAAACAUAGGACAAUGGAUCAGUCACUAUUCCAAGCCACUGCGGGUCAUAUCUCCUCGCGCUUCCAGACCCAAGAGGAUGUUGAAAUUGCGCGAGAAAACAAGAAAAAGGAAUGGGAGGAAGCGUAUAAGAGAAUCGGACAAGAGCCACCACCUCAAGAGCCGGAGGAAGAACAUGAUGGGCGAACUCUCUACGAACGAUUGCAAACUCAGAAGGAAAUAAAAAAUGAGGAAUGGGAUACCAAGAUGAAGCUCUCGAAUCAAUGGCGGGGGCUAAACGCAGAAGAGAAGCGAUUUUUACAAGACAAAGAAGAAGAAAAGCGGAGAGCACAGAAGGAAAUUGAGGCUCGUGAAACAGAAGAGUUGAGGCAGUAUAGAGAACGAUUGGCCGAACGGAAGGGUGGAAUAGGCAGCGAUGCGCCUCCUCCGCCUACUUCUGCGCCGGCGGCCAAAGUGGUAGCCAAGAAGGUCCCAGUCAAGGACGGGAAGAAGAAAGAUGUCAAGACUUUGAUGAAAGGUGUGGUGGUCAAGAAGAAGGCCAAGGGUCCUGCGGCCACGAAACCUGCCACAGAAGAAGUGCCAACUGCCAAAAUUGGGAGCAAGCGUGAUGCAUCUGAUGAGGGAGUUGAAGGCGGAGAAGAUGAGAAGCGUCGGAAAGUCGAGAAAGCAGAGUAGAAGCUGAAUGUUAGCGUUGUAUCAAUAUGGUGUACCUUUGCUCCAAUUCUUCUGUUGCGCGAUUAUAAAACAGCUUGGAAUCAUGGAUAUGCGUUACACGCAUGCAUGCAAAUAGACCAGUGAGGAUGA